CCGGCCCCGCCGGCAGCGGGGGCAGCCGCGGAGCCGCCCACCAUGAGCUGGUUCAACGCCUCGCAGCUGUCCAGCUUCGCCAAGCAGGCGCUGUCGCAGGCGCAGAAAUCCAUCGACCGGGUGCUGGACAUCCAGGCCGAGGAGAGCCCCUGGCCCGACGCCGUCAUCCCCGACUACGGUGACGGAACAAAUUCUCUCAUAAGUGGAGGAUGGGACACAUCUUCCUGGGGCUUGAGCUCAAAUACAGAACCCCAGAAUCAGCCAGUAUCACCCACAGCCAUCACAAAGCCAGUGAGGAGGACAGUAGUGGAUGAAUCUGAAAACUUCUUCAGUGCCUUUCUCUCCCCUACAGACGUUCAGAGCAUACAGAAAAACCCAGUGGUGUCCAAACCUCCAGCCAAAUCACAGAGACCCAAAGAGGAGGUGAAAAGCACUUUAAAGGAGUCUCAACACUCCAGUCAGCUGGAAGGGCCAGUGACAACAGAGGCAGAAGUGAAGGAUUCCUCUGUAGCUGUCCUGGACUUGAAAAGCCUUGAUACUCCCAAGGAGAAAUUAGAAGACAAUGCUGUGCUUAAAUCUGAUGCCCAGCAUGAAGCAAGCACAAACGAAGUUACUGACCAAAAGGUGUCUGCUCUAAAUUUUGAAGAACCUGAAGAUUCUCCUACUGAAAAAUCCAGUGUAGGAGGGGAUGGAGCAGCAGGUGCACCUGAGGGUGCUUCUCAGUCCCUUGGAGCAGGCACCAAAGACCUGGGUUUGGAAGGGAAGGAGAGAAAGACUGAGGACAGACAGAGCAAUACCCCAUCACCUCCCAUCAGCACCUUCUCCUCAGGCACUUCCACAACAAGUGAUAUUGAAGUUUUGGACCAUGAGAGUGUGAUAAGUGAGAGCUCAGUCAGUUCCAGGCAAGAAGCUGCAGAUUCCAAAUCCAGCCUUCACCUGAUGCAGACAUCGUUCCAGCUCUUAUCCACGUCUGCCUGUGCGGAUUAUAAUCGCUUAGAUGACUUCCAGAAAAUGACUGAGAGCUGCAGCUCUUCAGAUGCUUUUGAAAGAAUUGAUUCAUUCAGUGUGCAGUCCUUGGACAGCAGGAGUGUCAGUGAAAUAAAUUCAGAUGAUGAGUUAUCAGGCAGGGCUUCUGCUUCAGCGUCUGUCGCUGUCAGUCCUUCCGUGCCAAAGACAGAAACGGUUGACACCCUGAAAAAUAAAUCUGAAAACUUGAAUGAUGCUCCUGUGUUGCAUGCUGAGGAAGCUGAGAUGGAAGAGAGUGGGAGAAGUGCAACCCCUGUUAACUCUGAGCAGCCAGAUGUUGUUUUGGUUGCUGCUGUACAAACUGUUGAAGAGCAGGUUGUGAAGGAGGAGGCCGAGCCCCAGCAGGAUGCUGGGGAACAAUUGGUAGAAGAGGACCCUGAGAAGCAAGAGCUUAAAAAGAUGAUUGAUUCAUUAACUGAGAAGCUGGAGAAGAGGGAAAUACAGUUAUUAAGUACUAGUAAAGAAAGGGCUCGCUUGGAGGAAGCUUAUGAUAACCUCAAAGAUGAAAUGUUUAGAAUGAAAGAAGAGAGCAGCAGCCUUUCAUCUCUUAAAGAAGAGUUUGCUCAGCGAAUUGCAGAUGCUGAGAAGAAGCUCCAGCUAGCCUGCAAAGAGAGAGAUGCAGCUAAAAAGGAAGUAAAGACUGUUAAAGAGGAAUUGGCUACUAGACUUAAUACCAAUGAAACUGCUGAAUUACUGAAAGAAAAAGAAGAGCAAAUCAAAGGAUUAAUGGAGGAAGGGGAAAAGCUUUCCAAACAGCAGCUGCACAAUUCCAACAUUAUUAAGAAAUUAAGAGCCAAAGAGAAAGAGAGAGAAAAUACUAACACCAAACAGAGCAAAAAGAUUAAGGAAUUGGAAGAGGAGUUGCAGCAUUUAAAACAGGUGCUUGAUGGCAAGGAAGACCUUGAGAAGCAGCAUCGAGACAGCAUUAAACAACUGAACAGUGUUGUGGAGAGACAAGAAAAGGACCUUGCUAAACUUCAGACAGAAGUGGAGGAACUUGAGGAAAAGAACAGGAGUGUGCAGGCAGCACUUGACAGUGCAUACAAGGAACUUGCAGAUCUUCACAAAGCUAAUGCUACAAAGGACAGCGAGGCUCAGGAAGCAGCCCUGAGCCGGGAAAUGAAGGCAAAGGAAGAGCUUGGCUUAGCACUGGAGAAGGCCCAGGAGGAGGCUCGGCAGCAGCAGGAAGCUUUGGCAAUUCAGGUGGCAGACCUGAGGCUGGCACUGCAACGUGCAGAGCAGCAGGCAGCCAGAAAAGAAGAUUAUUUACGGCAGGAAAUUGGUGAACUACAACAGAGACUCCAAGAAGCAGAGGGCAGGAACCAAGAACUGAGCCAAAGUGUUACCUCAGCUACACGGCCCCUUCUGCGGCAGAUAGAGAACCUGCAGGCCACGCUGGGAGCUCAGACCUCUGCUUGGGAAAAACUGGAGAAGAACCUUUCUGACAGGCUGGGUGAGUCUCAAACUCUUCUAGCAGCGGCUGCUGAGAGAGAACGGGCUGCUACAGAAGAACUUCUUGCUAAUAAAAUUCAGAUGUCUUCUUCUGAAUCUCAAAAUAGUCUUUUAAGGCAAGAAAAUACCCGUCUUCAGGCUCAGCUGGAAGUGGAGAGAAACAAAUUGAAGAAAAUGGAGAGUGAAAACAGCAGGUAUGAGGUUGAACUAGAAGGCCUCAAAGAUGAGUAUGCAAAAACCUUGGAAGAUGCAAAGAAAGAAAAGGCCCUGCUGGCUACUCAGUUAGAAAUGGAGAAGAUGAAGGUUGAACAGGAGAGGAAGAAGGCUAUUCUUGUGCAAGAAGCAGCAAAGGAGAAGGACCGAAAAUCAUUUACAGUUGAAACCGUAUCAAGUACACCAUCAAUGUCCCGCUCCAGUUCCAUGAGUGGGGUGGACAUGGCAGGUCUUCAAACCUCCUUCCUCUCACAGGAUGAUGCUCAUGAUCACUCAUUUGGACCAAUAGCUACCAGUGGGAGCAAUCUCUAUGAUGCAAUAAGGAUGGGAUCAGGUUCAAGUAUAAUUGAAAACCUACAGUCACAGCUAAAACUAAGAGAAGGAGAGAUUUCACAUCUACAGCUGGAAAUUGGAAACCUGGAGAAAACUCGAUCAAUAAUGGCAGAAGAGCUGGUUAAAUUAACAAAUCAAAAUGAUGAACUUGAAGAAAAAGUGAAGGAAAUCCCCAAAUUACGCACACAGUUAAAGGAUUUGGAUCAGAGGUACAACACCAUUCUCCAGAUGUAUGGGGAGAAGGCAGAGGAGGCUGAGGAACUGCGGCUGGAUCUGGAAGAUGUGAAAAACAUGUACAAGACUCAGAUAGAUGAACUUUUAAAACAAAGACAAAAUUAAUUCCUCAUGGAACUCUUAACACUAUAUGGUGACAGACUGUAAAGAUAACUGUUUAUGUAAAUGCUGAAUUUAAAUGUCCUGUAAAAAAACCCUGUAUUAUAGAAAAUGUGACUAUAUAAUAGAGUUCAUAUGUUGACAGAAGAAUCAAUGCUUUAAGUGUCCUGCUCUGUCUGCAGUUAAAUUAUUUGUGCAAUAUUUAAUUUUUUUUUUUCUUCAGUCAUCCCUUUAUUUAAGUUUUUGCUAAAUGCUGGGUCAUUUAACACAAACAGCAGAAAUUAUGGUUGUUGGUUGCUUGUGAGACAGCACUGGAAAACAUGAGUAGUACUAAAGCAGCCCUUGAUUCAUAAUCUUUGUAAACCUAUGAAAAUCACAUUAGAAGUCUUUCUCAAGUGUUCAUAGGAGUUUUUCUAAAAUCUCAUCAGGU